AUGGCGGCGCAAGGGAACAUGCACAAUCUAACAACUCUCAUUAAGAGACUGGAAGCUGCCACUUCACGACUUGAAGACAUUGCAACUGCCAUAGAUGGUCCGGGGGCCACCGUAGCAAACGGGGUCGCUGGUGCUCUGUCACCUCCCUCUACUUCUGCUGGCACCCCUGAGCAGGCAGCGGCCCCUCCAGAACCCUUGCCUAAAUCGGUCGAGGCCUUCAAUCAGAUAAUCGAGGAAGAUGUCGUGGCUUUUGUCAAGGCUAGCGAGAAGAUUGGCGGUCUCGUGGGGGAACAAGCAAAAGCUGUCAAGGAGGCGUUUGAGGCCGAACGAACAUACCUGCUUGUCGCGGCUAAAGCAAAGAAGCCCGAUCCACAACCUCCUGAGUUGAUGACAGAACUUCACCGGCACACUUCAACUGUGGACGAAAUCCGAGAAGCCAACCGACCGUCUCCGCUAUUCACUCAUCUGAGCGCUGUGUCAGAAGGGAUUGUCGCCUUGGGCUGGAUUGUGGAAAAGAGACCAGGCGAUUUUGUGACGGAUACCCUUGGAGGUGCUCAAUAUUACGGGAACAAGAUUCUGAAAGAGUACAAGGACAAGGACAAGUCACAUGUCGAAUAUAUCCAGGCGUACUACAAAGUCUUUCGCUCCCUUGCCGCUUACGUGAAAGAAUACUUCCCCACUGGUCUCACCUGGAACACCAAGGACGGCAUUGAUGCCCUGGAGGCUCUGAAACAAAUACAGUCUGGGGCAGCAACUCAGAAAGCACCAAUGGCUGCUGGAGGUCCUCCCGCUCCUCCGCCGCCACCACCUCUGCCAAAAUUCGACGAUGAUGGUCCUCCAGCCCCUCCGCUGCCACCCCCUGGCGCUGCUCCACAAGGCGGAGACAUGUCGGCGGUCUUCAACCAGAUCAAUCAAGGUUCUGCCGUCACUGCAGGAUUGAGAAAGGUCGACAAAUCAGAAAUGACUCACAAAAACCCAUCACUUCGAAGCAGCUCUACGGUACCGCAUCGAUCCGGAUCCCAGACAUCACUUACAGGACGUGGCAAGUCUCCCGUUCCCAACAAGAAACCUGACAGCAUGAGGUCUAAGAAACCAGGCCGGAAGGAACUCGAUGGGAACAAGUGGAUUGUGGAAAACUUCGAAAACACUCAGAAUGAGGUCAUCGAGAUUCCCGCAGAGCUCAACCACAGCAUUCUAAUCUCAAAGUGCAACAAAUGUGUUCUGAAAGUCAAUGGCAAGGCCAAUGCCAUCUCUAUCGACAACUGUACAAACCUCUCGAUCCUUGUAGACUCGCUGGUCUCUAGCCUGGACGUGAUCAAAGCGCCGAAGAUUCAGAUUCAAGUUGACGGAGUGGUGCCAACGAUUCUACUUGAUCAGGUGGAUGGUGCGCAGAUCUACCUGUCGAACGAAAGCUUGGGCACGGAAAUCUUCACCAGCAAAUGCAGCGCGAUCAACGCUGUGUUGCCUCCCAAAGAUGAAACAGAAGACGAUAGUAAAGAGUUGCCAUUCCCCGAGCAGAUACGAAGUGUGAUCAAAAACGGGUCCCUUGUCAGCGAGAUUGUCGAACAUGCGGGAUAG